AUCAAGUCUAAGACUAAAAACUAAAAUUAGGUCUCCAUUUGGAACAAUUACAAGUAAAAAAUUAUGGGUUGUUUGCAUAUGAUCAUAAACAUGUGUAUGGCGUUGGUGGUGGUGAUGUCUCUUGUCAUAAACCUAGUGCCACAAGCCGAUGCCAUCGCGGUAUCUGAAAUAAGGCGGAUUGCAGUCGCAAAUAACGUAACCGGUUUGUUUGUGUUUGGUGAUUCAAGCGUCGACCCAGGGAAUAACAACCGCCUUAAGACCGAUGAUAAGAGUAACUUUCCACCUUAUGGGAUCGACUUCUUUAGCGGUCGCGCCACUGGGAGGUUUAGUAAUGGAAGACUGGCAACUGAUUUUAUAGCCGAGGCAUUGGGUUAUACGAAGGAGAUUCGACCAUUUCUCGAGCAAGGAGUAGUGAUGCCCUUCGAUCUUUCCCAUGGUGUUAGUUUUGCUUCUAGCGGUUCCGGUUAUGAUAACCUCACUGCUCAAGUUUCGUCGUUAUCGGUUUGGUUCAUUACGGUAUCGGCAGCAAUUGAAAGAAAACAAAACCCAAAUGCCCAAGAACAGAUUUUGUCCAUCAAGAAUGUGUUGUCAUUGUCGCACCAAUUGAAGCAUUUUGCGCAUUACAAAAGAAAUCUUAGGAUGAGGGUAGGAUCAAAAAAGGCUGACGAAUCUAUCCAGAACGCGGUGUUUAUAUUAAGCAUGGGAACAAAUGAUUUUCUGCAAAACUAUUACGUGGAGCUCCCACGACGGGCCCAAUUCACCGUUGACCAAUAUGGAGAUUACUUGAUCUCUCUUUUUCAUGAUUACGUCAAGAAAAUGCAUGCUCUAGGAGCAAGAAGAUUGGUGAUGGUUGGAGUUGUUCCUUUUGGUUGCAUGCCUUUGGUCAAGACAUUGAAGGGUGCCACCAAAUGUGACGAUGAGUACAACAAAGUGGCUAUCUCAUUCGAUUUGAAGUUGCAAAAUGCAUUACUUACAAUACAAAGAACUUUAGGGAUGAAAACGGCCUACGUCGACACUUAUGGUCUCGUUCAAAGUGCGAUUGAAAACCCUAAAAAAUACGGGUUUGAAGAUACUACAAAGGGGUGUUGCGGAACAGGAACGAUCGAAUAUGGUAUUACUUGUAAAGGCUUGGAUGCAUGUGUUGAUCGAGAUAAAUUUUUAUUUUGGGAUGCUGUUCAUCCAACUGAAAGGAUGUAUAAGAUCGUUGCGGAUGAGGCCUUAAAUUCUAUUCUCACCAAGCUUUUUUAAUGAUUAUAAAGAUACAUUGUAAUUUGAACUUGAAACCUUAGUGGUAUUCCUUUGUGAGAGUAUGCACAUGUAUUAUGUGACCUAAAUAACCAAGUAAUAUGUCUAUUAUUGUUGAUUUGUUGUUAUGCUGCCUAAAUAACUUGUCGGGAAUAUAUUAGUUUAUUAAGUUAAAA